AUGAAGUCCUCUUACUACUCCCUUGCCGGCCUUUUUGCUAUCCUGCGAAUAGCAAACGCCGCCCCUCAGACGGCAGGGGUCAUCAAACGUCAAGCAUCGCAACUUCUCAGCUCGUACGACUUUGUCAUUGCCGGGGCUGGGACCAGCGGCCUCACCGUUGCCGAUCGACUGACUGAGGCCUUUCCCAACAAGACCGUGCUUGUCAUAGAGUACGGGGAUAUUGGCUAUGCCCCGGGUGUCUUUGACCCGCCACAGAUCAUAUGGGGCGGGCCGGGGACCACCGGGACCGGCUGGAACCUGUUCUCAACUCCGAGUCCCGCAUUGAACAACAACACGGCCCAGGUUGUGGCGGGGAGGGCCGUUGGGGGCAGCAGCGCCAUCAAUGGCAUGGUUUUCGACCGGGGAUCCCGCUUUGACUACGAUGGCUGGGCUCAGCUCCAGGCCAAGUCGAGCUCUGCUGACAGGAAGGGGACCAUUGACUGGAGCUGGGACGCAUUGUACCCCUUUUUCAAAAAGAGCGUCACCUUCACGCCGCCCCCUGAAGCCGUCGUCCAGGAACUCAACUACACGUGGGAGGCUGAUGCCUUCGACAACACGACGCCCAUUCAUGCCAGCUUCCCUGAAUUCCAAUGGGGAGACCAUUUCGUGCCGCGCAAAGCUUGGCGGGAGAUGGGCAUCCGCAUCGCUGACAAGUGCUAUAGCGGCGACAAAGACGGUCUCUGCUGGAUAGCUACCUCGGAGCACCCCGUUACGGCAAGGCGCUCGUACUCUGGCCUGGGGCAUUAUGCGGAUGUGGUAGCCAACAGGCCAAACUAUCACCUGCUCGUCAAGCACCAGGUCACCCGGGUGCUGUAUCCGUCUGGCAAGUCCAAAUCUGGACCGCCAGUGGUGGAAGUACGGCCAGUCAAUGGAACCGACGUAUUCACCGUCAAGGUGAACAACGAAGUGGUACUAUCGGCGGGCGUCUUCAAUACGCCAGCAAUACUUCAAAGGAGUGGCAUUGGACCGGCGCAUUUCUUGAAAGAGGCCAAUAUCCCUCUGGUUCACGACCUGCCUGGUGUCGGCUCAAACCUACACGAUCACUCCGGUCCGAGGAUGACAUGGAAAUAUACCAAACCGCUGCCCUUCUCGCCGCUGCCGGAAGACAUGCUCAACGCAACCUUCGCCGCUUGGGCUACAGCUGCCUUUGACGAAAUCCCCGCCAAGGGCCCAUAUACGCUCGCCAUGUCCAAUAGCAUCAUCUACGUUCCUCUACCCAACAUCACGGCCAACUACUCACCAAUCCUGGACCUGAUCCGGGAGCAAGCCAACUCUACAGAUGCCUCUGCCCUCCACCUGCCAGCCGCUUACAACGGAGACCCGGCCCUGGAAGCAGGCUACCGCGCGCAGCUGCGCGUGCUGGCCGACAUGCUGGCGCACCCACGCUCACCUAGCCUGGAGAGCGCAUAUUCCACAGGCACGCGGCUCUCGGCGCUGAUGCUGCACCCGCUCAGCCGGGGCACGGUGCGGCUCAACCUGUCGGCCCCGCUGGAGCCGCCCAUCCUCGACUACCGCUCGGCGUCCAACCCGGCCGACAUGGCGCUGCACGUUGUCCACCUGCGGUAUCUGUUACGCAUGCUGCAGACGCCCACCUUCCAGGAGCUGGGAGCCGUGGCGGAUACCCCGUCGGAGGAGCAGGCCGAGACUGAUGACAAGCUGGUCGACUUUAUAAAGAAUACCGCGGUGCAGUCGUUUAUGCAUCCGUGCUGUACCGCGGCCAUGAUGCCGCUUGAGAUAGGCGGUGUGGUGGGUACGGAUUUGAAGGUUCAUGGGCUUGGAGGGCUUAGGGUGGUGGAUGCGAGUGUCUUUCCUAUUGUGCCCGCGGCGCAUUUGAGUGCUACCGCUUAUGCGGUGGGUGAGAAGGUGAGUUGUCUGUCAAAUCUGUGA